AUGGAACAGAAAUCAUCAGUUAAUACAAAAGAAACUUUAUCUACCCUUAAAGAGACUAGUCAGGUGCUUAUUCAAAGACAUGCGAUGUCAAUGGCUAAUGAGAGUUACGCUCAAAUCAAAGAUCAUUCAAAUUUUGAGGAACUAUCAAAAUGGAUCUGCGACCCCACCUUAAGAGACCCAAGGCUAUCAGAAACUGGUCACCACCAGUGUCGUGAGGCGAGACCACUGGUGAAUUCUCUCAAAAUCCAUACUGUCUUCGUAUCUCCUCUGAGGCGUACUUUGGAGACAGCUUAUCUUAUCUAUCACGCUCAUCCAGAUUUUGAGAAUAUUCGCUUCAUUGUUCUACCGGUUAUAAGGGAGAGCUUAAACACCUCCUCUGAUAUCCCAUCGGAUGUUGACCAGGUUAUCGAGGAAUUCAGAGAGCUUAUUCCUCAGCUGGAUGAUUCUCCCCUAGAAGAAUAUGAAGAUAAGAAACAUUAUUUUCUCGAAGAUCUUCAGACAGACGUCAAAGACGUCAUCAAGGCAGAAUUGGAGGAUGACGAGGACGAUCCUCUAGGAAGCAAUGCUUAUGACCUAUUCAUUAGAGAGUCUAAGCAGGCCUUCCCAGGGCGUCUGGAGUCCAAGUGGAAUGUAUACGAUAGGUCUGUAAAGGCAAAGAAAUUUGUCAAGAAUUAUAUUAGAAAUUAUCAGAUUCCGAAAGAUCAGAAAAUAGUGAUUCUAGCUCACUGAAUUUACUUCUAUAUGCACACUGGAAAGUGGGAUUGGAAGUGCGACAGGGAAAAAGAGCUGUCCUAUCCUACAGAUUUUAUCAGGAUGAAGAACUGUGAAAUUCUUCCUGACCCUACUGACUAUGACUUAUAG